AUGUGUGUGCUGGAUGUGAUUUUGGCAAGGGAUAAUGCAUUUAAGCCUGUUACCUCCAAGGCUACUCCCAAAGUUGACCCAACGUUACCAGAUCAUAUUUCCGAUCACACUUGCAGUCACGCCGGUUCUCCCUCGUUUGAAUUUGCCCUCUACGCUCCCCUGCAUCUCCACAGCCAUUACCUCGAUCCUUCGUUGCAUUUCAUCCACAUUUCUUUCCACGCACCUUCCUUAUUCACCUCUUCCACCGCCUCCUUCAUUGCCUACUCGCACAUUGCCCCAGUCACUACUGUAAUCAUCUUCACCGUCUUCUCAUCACUUCUUGCACCACCUUGCUCUUCCUCCCAUCAUCUCCUUCUCCACUUUAUCUCACUCUUCUCUCACGACCUGAGUUCCAUCAUCUUUCCUCCUCUAGCUCCAACUCUCCAAUUUAGCCUCUCCUCCACCUCUUCUCGUCCCUUCUUUCCAAAGUCCCAAAUGCGUCAUCUCCAUAACACUGCACCUUCAGUCUUUCCUUCCUACUCUCCCAUUUCCUCCUCUUCAUAUUUCAUUGCUUACACAGUCUACUGA